GCAACAGCGGCGGGUCUGUGACAUAACACGGUAGAGGUAAACAUGGCGGUCGUCGGACCUCUAGCGAGAGUGGCCAGACUGGGCUCCAGCAUCUGCAGGAACCACCGUUUAAUACUGAACAGGAGCUCACAGAGACGAGGAAUAGCUUCAUGUAUCGACCCUGCUCAUGGACUCACAGAUGAACAGAAGGAGUUUCAGAAAGUGGCCUUUGACUUCGCAGCCAAUGAAAUGGCUCCACACAUGGCGGAGUGGGACCAAAAGGAAAUCUUUCCAGUAGAGACGAUGAGGAAAGCUGCCCAGCUGGGGUUCGGAGGGAUCUACGUUCAGCCAGAUGUUGGAGGAUCGGGUCUCUCUCGGCUGGACACAUCGGUCAUCUUUGAGGCCUUAUCCACGGGAUGUGUCAGCACCACGGCCUACAUCAGUAUCCACAACAUGUGUGCCUGGAUGAUCGACACUUUUGGGAAUAAUGAGCAGAGGGAGAAGUUCUGUCCUGAUCUCUGCUCGAUGGAAAAGUUUGCUUCCUAUUGUCUCACUGAACCAGGCAGUGGCAGUGAUGCUGCUUCACUUCUGACCUCUGCGCAGCGGAAAGGUGAUCACUACAUCUUGAAUGGCUCUAAGGCCUUUAUCAGCGGAGGGGGAGACACAGACGUCUAUGUUGUGAUGUGCAGAACGGGAAGUAAAGGACCAAAAGGCAUUUCUUGUGUGGUGGUGGAGAAGGGAACCCCGGGCCUCAGUUUUGGCAAAAAAGAGCAGAAGGUGGGCUGGAACUCUCAGCCGACCAGGGCGGUGAUAUUUGAGGAUUGUGCGGUUCCAGUGACCAACCGGCUUGGCGAGGAAGGACAAGGCUUCAGCAUCGCCAUGAAAGGCCUGAAUGGAGGCAGGAUUAAUAUUGCUUCCUGUUCUCUCGGGGCGGCACAUGCCUGUGUACAGCUAGCGAGGGAUCACCUGUUGGUACGCAAACAGUUUGGAGAGACACUUUCCAACAACCAAUUUCUUCAGUUCAAACUGGCAGAAAUGGCCACCAAGUUGGUGGCGUCUCGCCUCCUGGUGCGUGAAGCUGCCACAGCGCUGCAGGAGAACCGGUCCGAUGCCGUUUCUCUCUGCUCCAUGGCCAAGCUCUUUGCAACAGAUGAGUGCUUUAAUAUCUGUAACCAGGCUCUUCAGAUGCAUGGUGGGUACGGUUACCUCAAGGACUACGCAGUGCAGCAGUUUGUCCGUGACAUCAGAGUACAUCAGAUCCUAGAGGGAACAAAUGAGGUGAUGAGGAUGAUCAUUUCCCGAAAUCUCCUGACAGAGUCGUGAUAAAAUUAAUUUCCCUGGAUCUUUAAGUGACUUCAGUAGUGACCAUAUUGUUAUGGUCUUCCUCUCUGGUUUGUUACUGUGUGACUGGUUUCCUGAGUUGCCCUCUUCACUGUAGUUUUUCCAAAUUUGGCUAAAGUAAUUGGAGAAUUUGGGGUGAACUAAUCAGUAAAAUAUAGGUUUCUCUAGUAUAUUCUGGGUUUUUUUGUUUGUUUGUUUUUUUUUCAGCUACACUGAUGGCAAAGCUGUAGGGAUGUAAAUGCUGGUUCGUGAGUCUGUAGUCUAACUCUGGUCCAGACUGAAAUAUCUGAAUGACAGUUGCACAUAUUUCCAAGAAAAAUCAGGAGAUUCAUGGCUCAAUACUGAAUGAAUGUCAUGACCAACACUUUGUAAUGAGUGAUUUUAAGGUUAAUAGAGCAAAUAAAAAUGCUUUACAUUAGCAUUUUACACUAGCAUGCUAUGUUAGCAUACAGUUCGAAGCAUAGCUGAGCAUAAGAACAAUGAAAGUAGACAAAGCACAUUUUAUUUAAAUUCUGAAUGAAACUGAAGAGCUUUGACAAUGUCUGACAGUGCUAAGCUGAGUCUGAAAUGUCACAUCAUAGCCACUGUACAUGGGGGAAAAUUUCUUUACCUCAUUUCCUGUGGCGCCACCUCCAGUAGUGAUGAGAGUCGUCACGUUUUCUUCUGACUUUUCAUCCCCAAAAAAGUGUUUCCUGUUAAGCUGCUAGUGUGAAUAUAGAGGUUAAGUCUUGUUAUUCUAUAAAAAAAAGCUGCUCUGUACAA